AUGUGGCGCACCUCAACUAGGACGGGCAAUGGCGAUCAGUGGGGGCCGUGCAGGAGUCUUGACCGGACGGGGAAGACACCAUUUGAGACCAUGAUUUGCCACUGCUGGGCCGAGAACAGCCUGUUUGCCGUCCUCUCACUCGGCAUCGAGGCCGGGGUGUGGGCGCACCUCAGCAGCGAUGAACAGCCCAGGACGGUGGUCGCCAUUGCCGACGCCACGGGCAUGGAGGAAGCUAUGCUCGCCCGGUUGCUGAAGCAUGUCGCCGCCAUGGGCGCCGGCAACACGGGCGGCCUGGGCCGAUGCGUGCUUGCGCUGCCCUCAUAUCUGCGAAAGACCAACUACACAAGCCCAACCUCCAUGACAGACGGCAACCUGCAGUACGACCACGACAUCAAAUUCAACUGUUCGAGUGGCUACACGCCAAUGAGCGCGGCAUGGCCUUCAACCAGCACAUGGGCGGCAUACUCGCACGGCCGACCCAAAUGGACCGACGCUGGCUUCUACCCGGUCCAGGAGCGCCUCCUCGACGACUUCGACGCCUCCUGCCCAGACGCCGCCUUCCUCGUCGACAUCGGCGGCAACCUAGGCCACAACCUGCAAAGCUUCCUCGACCGCUUCCCGACCGCCCCAGGCCGUCUGGUCCUGCAAGACCUGGAACACGUCAUCUCGGCUAUCCCGCCGGACUCCGAGUCGUCCCUCUCCCCGCGCAUCGAGCGCACCGUCUACGACUUCCACACGCCGCAGCCCGUGAAAGGGGCGCGCGCCUACUACAUGCACUCGAUCCUGCACAACUGGCCUGACGAGGUGUGCUGUGCCAUCUUGCGUAACGUCAAGGCGGCCAUGUGCCCAGGCUACUCGCGGCUGCUGAUCAACGAGAAUGUGAUCCCCAACACGGGCGCCCAGUGGGAGGCCACGGCGCUGGACGUGCUCAUGCUCGCGCUGCUGUCGUCCAAGAAGAGGACGCGGGUCAAGUGCGUUAGGUUGUUGGAGGAGAAGGCCGGGUUGAAGGUUAAUGAAAUUGAUACUUUCGCGAAUGGGGUCGAGAGCUUGAUUGAGUUGGUUGUGCCGGAGUGA